CCAUCGUGCGAGAUGUAUAAACAGGCAACCGUGUAGUCCCCCUUCUCUUUUUAGGACCCAAGACAGACUGCCAAAAUGGCGGCCUCCGUAGUUGGUCGGAGUGCGCUAUGGACACGGGGUUUUGUCAAACGACUUCGACUUUUACCGUCGAUUCCCAGCCCUUUAGCAGCUUGCGGUACGAUACUCAGGGUGGCAUUCUAUAACCCCAGACCUCUGAAACUAAACCUCAAAACCCCCUAUAUACCAGACCGGGAUAGUGAGCGCACUCCGGAGUGGCAGAAGAGCCGCGAAUUUGACCGUAAACUGUACGGGCGACAUGGCUCACUGUCCGGUGUCGAUGCCGCCGUGCUGUGGCCAACUCCGGAGAAACUGGAGGAGAUCGAAGCGGAGGAGCGGGAGUGGCACCCGACGCUAGAGGCGAUGCAGAAAAACAUCGAGCUGAGGGAAAGGGAGCUGGAGAAGAAACGCCAGGCCAGAGAAAAAUUAAUUGCUGCAAACAUGGAAAAAAUGCCAAAAAUGGUAGAAGACUGGCGCCAGGAGGCCCGCAAAUUGAAGGCUAAGCAGCGCGAGGAGAAGGCCCGUCGGGAGCGUCUGCUGGCAGAAGCUAAGGAACGGUUUGGUUAUGCUCUUGACCCUCGAAGCCCGAAGUUCCAGGAGAUGGUGAAGGAGAUAGAAAAGGAAGAGAAAAGGAAAAAGAAACUGCUCAAAAGAAUGAAGGGAAAUUCCAAGGGUGAAGCGGCAUCGACUGACGUUAAGCAGGCCGUGCAAUCCACAUAGAGAGAGCGCGGCUCACUCCUCGCCCAUCGGAGCUGUGAGCAUCGAGGUUUGCACUGCCAUCUUGGUGCCUGCUGUUAUCACUCAGAUGUUAGGGACACAUGUUUGCAGUGUACCGCUGGACUGUAGUGCACUCUUGCAGAUUAAUUUGGAAAGACCAUUUGGAUUGUAAUGUCUUGCAAUGCCACAUUCUGCUUUCUGUACUUUUACUAUAGCACACAAGAUAACUUUAUUUAAAUACCUUUUAUCCUUGUGAUGUACAGACACUACGAGUGUUGACAAGUCUAGCUGACCUCAUUCUGUGUACAGUCUCUGUAAGAGGAGUGGGCAUUUUUUUCUGCCUCAUAUGUUGUGGGUUUAUUUAUACUGUAUAUAAACAGAGAAUAUGGUAACCUGG